AUGAAUCGUGAGAGGAACAUCGACGUUUCGAGGAGUAAUUACUCUGUUAUUGAUACAGAGUUUGGUAAUAUGAGGGAUAGAUUUGAAAUGGAGAUGAAACGGGUGGAAGAGGAGAUGCAGCGUUUGAGGAGAGAAUUUGAAGGAUAUACUCCACGAACUACAACUGUAACUACUGCUCCAAGCACGUAUAGCACUACACAUCGUGAACAAAGUAGACGUUAUGAAUCUACAUCAACCACUCAGGGUGUUCAAGGAGCGCCACCUCCAUCAGCUCUUGAGAGAGAUCGUUUCUACGGUAACACUUCUACGGUUAGUAGCAACGAUAUGAUGGCUGUGCGUCCGAUGUACGAUCCUUAUUUUGAUAAUCUAAAGUCGCCACUGAUUAAAGAUGAAAGCGACGGCAAAACUCUAAGGCUUCGAUUUGAUGUCGCACAGUACAAACCAGAAGAAGUAACUGUUAAGACAGUCGAUAAUCGUCUUUUGGUUCACGCAAAACAUGAAGAAAAGUCUGCUCAACGAACGGUUUACCGAGAGUAUAAUCAGGAGUUUAUGCUUCCUCGAGGAACCAAUCCAGAGUUGAUUAGUAGCACUCUAAGCACAGAUGGUGUCUUGACCGUUGAAGCCCCGCUACCACAUUUGGCCAUCCAGCACUGA